GUACUGCGUGAUUCAUAAGCUUGUAUCUGUAGUGUAAAAAUUUUUCUACAAAGCUGGCGAAGAUGGUUUUAGCAGAGAAAAAUAGUGAAAACAUUCGGAACGGUAGAAGAAGUCGGGGACCAAGCCCCAAUGGUCACGUACAAGCAGAUUCCACCAGCGAGGACGAGAGUAGUGUACCAGUAGAUAAAAUUAGAGUAGGACGUGACUAUCAAGCAGUGUGUCCAGAAUUACAACCUGAAAGUCAAAGGAAGCCCGAGCUUUUGGCUGAUAGAGCUUUACUAGUAUGGUCACCAACAGAAGCUAUCCCAGAAUCCAAACUGGAAGACUAUAUAGUCCUGGCCAAAGAUAAGUAUGGGUAUAAUGGAGAACAAGCCCUCGGAAUGCUCUUCUGGCACAAGCAUGAUUUGGAGAGGGCCAUGCUGGAUUUAGCAAACUUCACACCCUUUCCAGAUGAAUGGUCUGUGGAAGAUAAAGUUCUCUUUGAACAAGCCUUUCAGUUUCAUGGAAAGAGUUUUCACAGGAUACGCCAAAUGUUACCUGACAAAACUAUAGCCAGCUUGGUAAAAUAUUACUACAGUUGGAAGAAAACUAGAUCUCGUACUAGCUUGAUGGACAAACAGGCCAGAAAAUUGAACACACCUAAAGAAGAAGGCGCCCCAUCAGAAGCAGGUUCUGAAAAUGGUUCCAAUGACGAAUCUGAUCAUGAGGAUAAGGGUGAGGGUGGAGCGUGCUCAAACUGCGGAGUCAUCUGCACAGUAACGCAGGUUACUGCGAAAGGAAACCUAUGUAACUCUUGCUUCCAGCACUGGAGACGAACCGGUCUGUUGAGGCCCACGUCAGGGCCGACGGGUGGUAAGCGCGGCCCCUCGCUGGGGGCGCGCCAUAAGCGAAAGCCCCCACGCGGCAUGUUCAUCAACCACGACGACCUCGCUGCGAUGGCGUCAGGUAAUACUGGCGUCGUGAUGCUUAAAGCCAUGGACCGAGAACUCGAUUCCCUCCAGAGACAAAUCCAACAAAACAAGCAAACUAUCAGUUCCUUAAAACGCAAACAUUCCGACUCAAUCGAAGAUCUUCGCCCCAGCAACGAGAAUAACUCCAGAUUCAACGCGCGCUGGACGAACGAAGAGCUUCUAUUGGCCGUCCAAGGCGUCAGGAAAUAUGGCAGAGACUUUAAAAGCAUCGCAGAUGUCAUCGGCAACAAGACCGAACACCAUGUACGCACCUUCUUUAUCAACUACCGCAAGCGGUACAACUUGGACAGCAUCCUAAAGGAUUGGGAAAAGGAACACGGGCCUUUGCCUGAGGAAAUAUCAGAUCUAAAGAGUGAGAACGAUGAUAACGACAAUGACGUCAUCUGCAUAUCGCCCACACCCACGCCUACGGCGACGAAGAAAGAGAUCAAGAACGGGAAGGUGUCUCAAGUAGCCAAAUGAUGAUUUUGCGUUUGUAUAUGAGCUUUUUUAUUUAUGCUAUACGAAUUAAUUUGUAGACGCACCUAAAUGAUAUAGAGGUGGACAGAGAGAUCCAAAAUGAUAAAAAAUAAGGUAUAUAAAAUUAAAUCUUUCCUGUCGGUGAUAUACUAUACCGUUCGAAUUAAUUGGCACAAAUAAUUUUUUUUUUAUUAUUUAAAAGUAGACUUUUUGCUAUCUUUGUUCCUUUUGUAGUGCAAUUCAUCGUAGCUAAACGAUUCUUGAGAAUAUUCCAUAAUUUCUGAAGGAGAUUUCGGUCUGGUGAAUUACUAGGCCACUUUUACUUGAUUUUAAUGAAUAAAAGUUUGGACCAAUUUCGAAUUGUGACAAGGGGGCAAGUAGUGUUGAAUUUGGCAGAAAUCAUCAUGCCUUUAUAGGAAUUAAGCUUCCAAUGCUAUUUAUUGUGAAAAAACCUCAAACUCUCUGUUUAGAAGGGUAUUUUACAGUCUGUUGGAUAUGAUCUCGUCGCAGAGGUUCACUUUCACUUCAUCUAACAAAAGUUGAUUUAUAUCCCUGCACAAUAAAUAAAUAUGAUUUCAUCAUUUUCUGUGUUAGAAAUUGUUUAUCUUCACAUUUCUUGCCUUCCGGCAAUCUUCUAGAAGUCUUUUCUGUACAGUUGAGGUACUCACUUUAACACCGUAAUCCAAUAAAUCCCUUCGAAGGUCUGUGCUUGUAUUUCUUGGAUUUAGUUUACUAUUUUGUAUUAGAAUUAUAUCAGUUGUCUUGAAAUGUUCUUAAAAAUUCUUGAAACACUUGAUUUUCCCACAGCAUCUGCAAUAUCUAAAUCUCUCGUAGUCAUAGACCUCUGUUCACUAAGAUGGAUUACUUUAGCACGCUUUGUAUCAGUAAUAUCAUCUUUGAACAAUCAAAAGUGACAAGUAUUACACGGAACACCACAUUAUAACUACCAGCUGCUAUGCAUAAAGACUCACAAGUGAACAACUGACUAAAAACCAGUCAAACGAGUACAUUAUGGUCAUGGUCGAUUCGUCACAUUAUCUCAAGGCAUAUAUAACCAGUUUAAAGGGUUCGGGACAUCACCGGUAAUCAUAUACUAACUCAGACCAGAAACACAUGUUUAUUUCAAUUAAUUCGAACAAUAUAGUAUGUCUCAUUAGAGAAUGCUCCUUAAAAGCAACUUCUCGUAACUUAGUUACGAGAAUAAUACGAGGUGCAUAGCAAAAUUGAUGCCCUAGAAAUUUCGUGUGGACGUAUACGUUCCAUGAACAAUGUUGAUGGAAUGUCCAUGUCCAGAAAAACUAUCAAGGAUUGCUAGUGAUAGAAACAUUGUAACGUUAGAUCUUGUUAGUCGCUCAUAGUAAAAUAAUAAAAGAUUUGAAAUAAAAUAUUUUUUAGAUUUUUUAACGGAAAAUUUGUAACGUUAUAAGUAAGUAGACAAUGCAGUGUCAGUUUAGAGAAAGUAUAAAAGUUGCUUUCUGUCAUUUUGUAUGCGACAUUAUUUAUGUCUUAAGAGGCAAUAUUGAUGGAAAUAUACUAAUGACAAUACUGAGUAGGUGACUAUUUGGCAAAUUUUUGGACAUGUCUCGGGAAAUUUAUAAACAAAUACCCUAUUUUUUAUACAACAAAACAAAUACUAAGGUCGAAUUCGACAUUUUAGUCGAAUUUUUUAUUUAUUUUUGGAAAUAAAAUUGUUUCCUCGAUCGAUCGUCCAUCUCUAUGGUGUGAAGAUGUGUGAAUAUUUGGUCCAUUUCCAGCUGUCUUAGAAUUUUUUAUUCAAGAUUUGCUUAAAACUGCUUGUACAUAAAUCAAAGAGGUGUCUCAGAUGUAUCAUUUGGCGUUUGAACUAUUAUAGGUUUAAAUUUUUUGUCAAUAAUAUGACUGUCUUAAACUACAUAAGACUUAAUUGUCAAAAAAAUAGUCUAGCCGAUUUUUUAAAAGUGUAGUAGCUCAAGCAGCUACUGCAGGACCUAAUGUUUUUGGUCUGUUUAUCUGAGAUACCUCUCUAUUGUAUUAAAUAUCUGCACAUUAUGUAAAACAACAUAAUUUUGUAUAAACUAAGACGAGUUUUGUUCCUAAGACUAAGUAUGUACUUUUACUGAUAGUUAAACAAGUCCAAGGUAGGUUAAAUCAAUGUAAAUGACAAUCUUUUUUGUUGUUUUACUUUUUUAUCGUAAUUCAAUAAAACCACAAACAAAUGUCACGUAAUUUUUUUUGCAAAAGAAAAAGGAUUGUUUAAUAAGAAGUUUCGAGUCUGAUGGUCACACUAACUUUAAAUAUUUAAUAAAGACAAGAAUUUUAAUAAUACUCUCUGUAGUAUCCAGUUUCAUCUGUAAUAUACAUACCGUUUAGUUAGACAAAAAUAGAUAACUAAACUCUUUUUAAAGACCUUUGUAUUUAUAUUCUCAAUUGAAUUUCUUUUUGACCCGUUCUAGUAAUUUUUUGUUUCUAUGUCCACUAUAUUUGUAUUAUUUUAUGAAUUGUUGGCUUGAAUGGAUCUAUUCCAUUGAAACUUUUUCUGCAACCUUCUUAUCUGCUUUCAUGCCGAAAAUAACUUUUGUAAAACAUAUGCUCUAAAAUUGUUUCUGCAAAUUGAACAUUUUUUUAUGGGAAAGAGGUGGUAAAGCUAAAGACCGUAUCAGGCCGUGUCUCGUUAAUGAUGAUCAGGCGUUUGUUGGAUUCUGGGCGCAAGGGUCCAUUCGAAGGCUGUACCCCCAGAGGAGUAGUGCUCACAGAUAUACCCAUACCUCCCUGUAUAUUAACAAAGUCCACCCCCUCGUCUGGACUAUUCAAGGGGUAGAUCUUCCACAGACCGGUGCAUUACACAAAUAGCCUGUCUUCUCUAUCUCUUUCUCUCUCUCUCUGUUUCACUAUCUUGCCCUUAUCUUUGCUGCAGAUUCCUCUCUAAUAUUCUCUUUUCUUGUCCUCGUCGAAUAUUCUGCAGUCGAAUACACAGUGCUCAGUCAUUUCAGCCACUCCCCAGUACGUGCAGUUUCCAUCCGCAACCUUUUCUUAUCUUUUCCAUGUAGACCCUAAAGGAACUGUGCCCUGUGGAACUGAUUGAAAAAGUAAUUAGUGUCUCUGACACCUCACUUCAUAUAUUCUGUGAUAUUUGAAAAUUUCCAGCUUGUAAUCAAACCACCUAGUAAACAAAGCUACCAUCCAUCUGUUCCUACAUAUGGAUAUAUGUAGGAACAUGCUAUGGCGUACCUAUGAUCCUGCUACGCGUCUACCGCAGAUUUUCCUUUCCUCAACCCAUACUCUCGGUCAAAUAUGCCAUCUCUAUUUAUUAUUUCCUUCUCCAGUCUUGUCUUCACAAGAAUCUCAAAGAUCUUGCCUAAAGUAUUUACCAAGCAUAUAGGCCUGUAAAUUUAUUGAACAAGCUGUUACCACCAGCCCAGCAAACUGUACAUAUAUUUCACAUCUCACGAACUUCCAAUUGUAUUCGUCUUCAGUGGCAUUUUUUAAAUACAAAAACAUAUUGACAACUUUGACAAGUGACUCUAAUUUGACAGCUGAUAGUUGACAUUAUUUUUACAAACACAUUGUUUUGACUAUGAUAGCUGUUAUGUUCUGGUCACGUACAUGCAUGCAGUGUAACAUUUUUAAAAGUUUAUUUAAUUUUUUAAUGAUCAAAUAUUUAACAGUAGUGGAUAAUUUGUAUAAUUUUCUAUAUUACAUCUUUUACCAUGAAAAUGUUAUUUAAUUAUAGGUUUUUUUAACCAAAAACGAAAAUGUCGAGUUUUUAUACUUGUUUUCUCGAUGAGAAAACUGUAAUUUCGGGGUGGAAUCCUUUAGGAAAUGUUCAAAAAUAGCAUUAAGGCGGAAUUUUUUACCUAAGAAUUUGUAUGUUGUAAUUUCGUUUGAGAUUGAUUCAAAUUCAGUGCAGUCUUAGUACACUCUGUGAAAAUAUAAAUAAUCUUAGGCGUUACAGAUGACAAAAUUUAUUACUUGACUGUGCAAGUUCCUAUAAUUCGCGUUUUCAAAUACUUUUUCAUGAUAGACAUGCUUCAUUUGAAUCAAACUUAAUCGACUGUUUUUGAUUAUUCGAUUAAUUGACAACUGUGAAUCAAAUUUUCCAAUCAAUUAGCGAAUAUUCGAUAAAUAAUCAAAUUAUUUAUUGUAGAAUUGUAUGGCUUAGGUUUUAUAAUCAAUAACCGACUGCGACUGGAAUGUGAAGGUUAGUUGGCGAAAAGAAAGCAAUAGGUAGCAAUGUUUCUUUAAGCACACUGAAUAAUAAUCUGGUCACUAGCAAAAUCUUGGUGAAAGUCCAUUUUCUAAUUAGAUUGUGUUAAUUUUUGAUUGUUUAGCUAGUAUGGUUAAUUAAUAAUAAAUUAUGGAAAUUCAUGGAUUCAUAUUCAUGGAAAAUGAUUAUUUCACUGGGUUGUGGUAUUAUCUUCAAGUCAUCUUGUAUCUCAAGUCAACUUCAAUUUACGAUGGAGCAAAACCAUUUUUUUGGUUUUUUUUAUACAACUGUCGAAAUAGCAUUCAGCAUCACUUGUGUUGUAUGACCGCGUUUAAAUUCAGCAUAUCACCUCUUUAAUAUUAUGAGGAUUCUGAGUAAUGUUUAUUAGGAAUUUAUUUUGCUCAAAUUGUAUUUUUAUCAGUAAACAGUACUUUACUUUUAAAUACAGUAACUUGUAAACCUGAUUGAGCUCAAAAUUUUGAUGAAUAACUUUUGAAGGUUGUAUGUCAUAUGUCAUUUUUUUGCGUCCCAUUAUUAACUGACCUUAAUUUUGCUAAUGAUCAAAUUACUGAUAUGCCAGAAGAAACAAUCGACUGAAAUUUUGAUUAUGAUGUAAUUUAGUUAGGAGAUUUUCAUAUCAAACAUUUUUAAUUGUUUAUAAUAUUGAAACAACCGAAAGAAUACAUUUAGGUUUUACAUUUUUAGUUUAAAUAUUUUUCUAAAAGAUUGUUGUAUUUAAUAAAGGAUGCGUGAUUCCUAAAACGGUUUUUUCUAAUCUGUAUAUAGUUGUAGAAGGAGAAUGUCGAAAUAGUCGAAUCGACACAGUAUAGUUGCUGUAAAACUUUUUAAUGAUGUUGAAUUCGUAGCAGAUGCUCCAUUAGAUAUAAAAUUCUAACACUGGUAAAUAUUUCAGUCAUACCAUGAUGCAGUGAAAUGGCGAUGCAUAACUUACAAGGCUUCUUUUAAUAUGUUGAAAGAAAUUGUAUCGUAAGUUUCUUUGCAGCAUCCAGUCUUUAUAUAUCUUUCUAGUGGAGCCAUAGCAUACAGUUCACCAAUGCCAAUAUGACCAAUAGUUGCUACACUACAACACUAAAGCGCAGAUAAGGUAGUAAUAGCGGCCGUUUUUCUUGAUAAAUUAUCUCAUUCAGCGCUAGUGUGACAAUGCUGCAUCAAAAACUUAUCAGAUAAGAACAUUGUCCUGUUCCCAUAUAUCCAAUGAAUAAUAUGGAUGAAAAGUAUGAACAGUGUUAUUUUACAAGUGGCGAACAACAAAAUGUGCCUUGUCAGGAUGCAGUAAGCUUGUUUUAAUAGGUUUCACUAAAUCUAUACGGGCAAUGGCAGGAACGAUAAGGAAAACAAUGACACAUUUUGGAUGUAGUGUUUUAAUAAAGAUGAAAACACUUUAUCCUACAAUUUAAUCUCACAAAUGAUCAAUAAAGUCAGUCAACUUUAAUCCUGCAAUAAAAUGAUUAGGUGAAUGUGAAGUAUACUAAGUUUUCACAUCGCAUUGAAUCGGGUUUAUAGAAUGGACGUUUAAAACAUAACCUAAUAUACUUAAGUGUUAUAACAAACAUCUGAAAUAACAAAUGUUUUGUGGGUCUAUGUCGAUCUAGUAAAGUUCACAAUAUGUAUAUAUCUUUUGUUUUUAUUUUAUGGUAUCUAUUUGACUAUAAAAAAAUACUAACAGGAUAAGACUUUAAGGCUCUGCAAAGGAACCAAAUGAUAAGCAGUUUCAAAUAAUUAUACCGAAAAGAUUAAUUAUUAAAUGGAUAAAUGAAAAAUAAUGAGUUCCUUCAAACGUCUUUUCCUUUUUUUCUAAUUAUCUAUUGAAAUAUCUCCGAAAAGGUCUUGGUGGUACCAUUCACCUUCAUUAUCUUUGUUUUCAUAUCGGAAUAACUUAAAUAUUGAUCUCAAGAUGAGAAAAAAGGAUAUGCGUUUUGAUUUUUGGCAGCAGUUAUACGUGGGUGGUCCGAA